AGGCUCGUGCAACGUUUGGAACUCUCAUCUUGGUCACCUGAUUCUGAGCAUCAUUGUGUGAUGGGGUGGAGCCAGGAGCUCUUUUAAAUCCCAAAUCAAGCAUCCCAUCCCACAAGCGUUCAUCUUCAGAGACACCUUACACACUUCAAGAAACCCUCAGACGUCAAUAUGGUUGACUGGACAGAUGCUGAGCGCGCCGCCAUCGCCGGCCUGUGGGGAAAAAUCAACCCCGACGAGAUCGGACCACAAGCCCUGGCCAGAGCUCUGAUCGUGUACCCAUGGACACAGAGAUACUUCGCCACCUUCGGAAACCUUUCCGAUGCAGCUGCCAUCAUGGGUAACGCCAAGGUGGCAGGGCACGGAAAGACCGUGAUGAACGGACUUGACAGAGCCGUGAAGAACCUGGAUGACAUCAAGAACACCUACAAGGAGCUCAGUGUCAUGCACUCUGAGAAACUUCACGUGGAUCCCGAUAAUUUCAAGGUUCUGGCUGACUGCAUCACUGUGGUUGUGGCCAUGAAAUUCGGCCCAGCUGGCUUCCCCGCCGAAGCCCAGGAAGCCUGGCAGAAAUUCCUGUCCGUUGUUGUCUCUGCUCUCGGCAGGCAGUACCACUAGACAUGCUCCAAGCCAUUGAGAGAGAAAUAACAACUUCAUAGCUUUGCGCUGUGUUCUCUCAAGAUGAAACAAUAAAAUAUACAUUCUUCAAAAGCA